AUGAGGGUCUUCAUUUGUGGAGUCCUGCUGGUCCUCACAGACCCAGGAGUUAACUCAGUUAAACGUUUGUGGCGUGGCCCCCCUGAACCCUCAGAGGCACCUGAGGAUUGUGGGGGGUCAGGAUGCUCCUGCUGGUUCCUGGCCCUGGCAGUUUGUGGCGUGGCCCCCCUGAACCCUCAGAGGCACCUGAGGAUUGUGGGGGGUCAGGAUGCUCCUGCUGGUUCCUGGCCCUGGCAGGUGAGUCUGGACUCUCAGGACUCGGUCUGUGGAGGUUCUCUGAUCAACAGGAAGUGGGUUCUGACGGCGGCUCAGUGCUUCAGCAGUCACAGCGCUUCAGAUGUGACCGUCUACCUCGGACAGGACUCCCAGGAGGGUCCGAAUCCUCACGAGGAGGUCCGGUCUGUGUCGCGGGUCUUCAACCAUCYGGGCUACGAUGAAAAGACGAAGGAGAACGACAUCGCCCUGCUGCAGCUGUCCUCUCCGGUGAAUUUCACAGAUUAUAUCCGACCCGUUUGUUUGUCUGCGGAGCACAGCUUCUUCCCAGGACAGCUGGGUGCUGGGUCAUGGGCUGGGGGCCCUGAGCCCGAUAGUGAGGRUCCAAACUUUUCAUCUUGACUCACUGUAAACUGUGUACUCGAGACAUUUAGCAACCAACGUGUGUUUUGAUCCGAUGGUUUGAUGUUAAUCAUCAGCGGGAGUUUACACCCGAGUGUCACGGUACCAGAACUGGAUCGACAGCCACGUCGGCGCCGAGCGGCCCGGCUACAUCACCUUCUACAGCUCGUCCAGCAGAACCUUUCACUCCCUGUCCCCGUCUGUYCCUCUGCUGCUGUCCAUCCUGUCUGUCCUCUCACAGAAAAUAUAAUCCRUCCAGACGUCACACAGCAGAUCUGAGGGUGGUUCAGUGUUCGCUUUAAGAUUCUUUAA